AAUUCCAAAAUCGAGAACUAGUUCAUGUUCUACAGACUCACUUAUACUGAUUUGCUGUAUAGCAUUUAAAUGAAUGUGAAACUUUACACACACACAUUAUUUCAAUUCAAUUUAUUUGUAUAGUGCUUUUAACAUAUCCGGGUACCAUGUGAAUGCACUACGAUUACGGAGUCGGACAGCCCUUAACACAAGGACCAGUUUUUGAUCAAAUCCAGCUCUUUAAAAGCGGUGGCCAUUCCAGAUUUCACACUUCCGCCUUCUUCUUCUACUGCGGAGAGAGCUCGCGCGCGGUGCCUUCACUCCUCAUAGCUUUAUUUCUGCAGAUCCACACGGUGACUAUGGCUUCGACCCAGAAAUGCGCUGUAAAAGGAAGCUGUGCUCCCGAGGCUGUACCCAAAGGCAAGAUCCGAAUCUAUAGUAUGAGAUUCUGCCCAUAUGCCCAGAGAACCAGACUGGUUCUUCAUGCCAAGGGUAUAGAGCAUGAAACUAUAAACAUCCAUUUGAGAUCGAAACCCGAUUGGUACCUGGAAAAGAACCCUCUUGGUGCAGUGCCUGCCCUGGAGACCCCCUGUGGUCAUGUGGUCUAUGAAUCAGCGAUCACAUGUGAAUACCUGGAUGAGCUGUACCCUGAGAAAAAACUGUAUCCCACCGACCCCUUUGCAAAAGCCCAGCAAAAGAUGUUGCUGGAAGAAUACUCAAAGGUCAUUCCUCUGUUCUAUAAAAUUCCUAUGACCAAAAACGAAGGUCAGGAUGUUUCAGCACUAGAAGCAGAGUUGAAGGAAAAGCUAUCCAAUUUGAACAAGGUUCUUGCUAACAAGAAAACUAAAUUCUUUGGAGGUGAUUCAGUCUCUAUGAUUGACUACCUGAUGUGGCCGUGGUUUGAGAGGGCAGAGGCCUGGGAGCUCAAACACUGUCUGGAUGCCACUCCACUGCUGAACAACUGGAUUUUGCAGAUGAAGGAGGAUCCAACAGUGAAGGCACUCAUCUUGAGCUCUGAUAUCCACAAAGCCUUUUUUUCCUCAUACAUGGGUGGAAAUCCCAAUUAUGACUAUGGCUUAUAAAAAUAUGUCUUUACUGAAAUAAUUUGACUUCUAAAAUGAAUACUGUACUAUAUUAAACGUUUUUCAGUACAGAUAUUUGUACAAGUAUAUAAUGCUUUGUCAUAGCCUGUGUCAUGAAAUUGCAUUAAAGUACCUUUGAUUAAUUUCA